AUGGGUCAAACACAGAGUGGAGCAGAUAAGGAAGUGACUCUUCAAGACAUCCAGGAACUCUACCGUAAGUUUGCCAGUGAAUGUCCGAGUGGAAAUCUGCACUUACAUGAAUUCAAAAGAAUCUUUGGAAUCAACAGCAACUCCACAGAAGAAGAAUCUGCAUACAUGGAAAAUGUGUUUCGAUCCUUUGAUACGAACAAGGACGGUAAAAUAGACUUCAUGGAGUACGUGGCGGCGCUGCAUCUGGUGCUUCGUGGAAAACUGGAGGACAAGCUGAGGUGGUCCUUUAAAGUUUACGACAGAGAUGGAAACGGCUGUUUGGACAGACAGGAAGUGAGACAACUUGUAAAAAUCAUCUACAAGAUAAAGAUGCACAACGAUCCGAGCGUCGAGGGGAAUAUUGAAGAUAUCUGUGACAGAAUAUUUGAUCUGGUGGACAAGAACAACGACAGUCAGAUUUCUCUGGAGGAAUUCAUUGAGGGUGCUGAGAAGGACCCGUGGGUGAUGGAUCAGCUCAAGCUGGACAUCGGGGCCUGUGAUUGGUUCGUUGACAAGCAGGAGAAGAAGCCCUGACUUCAUGAUGUACGGCGUGUUUUUACUAUCAAUGACUGGACGCUGAGUGACGGUAAUAAUCUGCCUUCAGUGUUCGGGAUGUUUCAGGAUAAUCUGAGGGAUUAUCUCUUCGGCUGCUUGGAGGUGAAUCGUCAAUUAAAUGGAGGUGAGAGGACACAGCUGUGUGUCAUGGCUGAAGAGAGCCUGACGUCCUCUAAACAGACCUCUACAAUGUUUUAUACAUCUGGAAACAGCUGCAGGGAGACCCCAGUUGACCCCCUCCAGACUAUAAGCAGCGUUUCCCUGCAUGUGCAUCAUCAGCAGGACAUAUUCAGACUGGAUCCAUGUUUAUAACCAUCAGCUGAAACCUUGAGAUCUGCUCUGUGCUGCUGCAACAAACCAGUUAUUAUUGACUCAUUUAUUUAUUCAUUCAUUUAUUUUUGAUUUCGUCAGGUUCCAUCCUCCGUGUGUUUCUUCCCCCGCCUUCAUCAGCGCUAUCAAUCAUCUGAGAAUUUAAAUAGAUUUGAUUAAAGCACCAUUUGGGAAAUACGCUUAUUCACUUUCCUGCUGACAGUAAGCUAAGACGAUUAACACCCCUCUCAUGUCUGCACGCUAAAUAUACAGCCAGGAGACACUUAGCUUAGCUUAGCUUAGCUUAGCAUAAAGACUGGGAGCAGGGGGAAACAGCUAGCCUGGUUCUAUCCAAAGUUAAAAAGAAUACACCUACCAACACC